AUGGAUACUGGCAGUUUUGCUUCGAAACUUGCAAGAAAUAUAUCACGCGGAUCACGACGUAAAAUACCAUUAGUUACGAUUCUUGUUGGUGCUGAUCUGCAUGCUCUUAAAUUGAUAUGCACUGAUUUAGAGAGCAAUAUUCCAGUUCUCAUUAUUGAUUCACUUCUCAAUCGAAGUCUUUGUAUUAUAGAUAUGUUCAAACCUACGGAAAAUCAAAAUCAAGAAUUAAUCAAACGUGAUAGUACCAAUGUUAACCGUAAAGACGGUAUUGAUACACAUAUACUUCGUCAGCGAUUUGGAAGAACUACUUUGAAAGAAGUGUUUAACAAGUUCGGCAGUAUGCGCUCUGAGAUUUUCAAAGAUAUGCGAGAACUCUAUGAUAUUACCAGACAGAAAGAGUAUACAAUUCUCGGCAAGAAAUUGCGCGUAGGCGAACUGCUCAAUUCGGCCGAAGAAAAAGUUUUUGCAGAAUAUCUAUAUUGGUUUGCAACUUGUCUAGCAUCAUCUUUUCGUGAUCGAAUUCACGUUUUCGACAUGAACCCAUCGAGUCCUUUACAAGACAAGAUUUAUGAAGCUAUGGUCAAAGCACGAAAAAAUCUAUCACACACCAAUAAUAAACAAGCCAUGACUACCGAUGAUCAAAUGCUCCGUUCACUUCGUUGGAAGAACAUUUCAGAUGACACUGAUGGUCAUUUAACCAUCAGCGCAGUGAAAUGGAAAGAUACUAAAAGUAUUAAAUACAAGCGAGACUUAAUUCUUAAUGGUAUGAGCGAAAAUGCAGUAGUAUUGGUCAGUAAUUUUGUCAAACUCGGAAUCGAUUUUGCUGCUUUAUUUGCUCCUAAUGCUGAUUCAAAAAAGGAAUAUAUGGAUGGAUCGUGGAAACUCUAUCUAGAAAAGUUGUACUCGGAGAAAAUGCGUAAAAAUAUAGAUCCAUUGUAUUUACUCGAGAAGACCGAUAAUAACUUCACUUUCAAUGAAGAAACGCGUUUGACUCAUGUUCUACGAAAAUUAGUUGGAGAUUUUAUGGAACCAAUUUAUAAGCCUGAAUCGUCGUUUGCAGGAAAUCAAGUAGCACCCGAAACGCCAAACAAAAUCGACAGCGAAUACAUUUUUCGUGAUCUCUUUCUCUGGUGUGUACUUACUCACCGGCUUGACAUAGCAAAAAUUUUUCUCAACCAAAUGAAAACUCGUAUCUGUUCAGCGCUUAUUGCUUCAAAAAUUCUUAAAUCACUGUUAAAAUAUGCACCUGAUCAUGAUUUACGAGAUAAACUGAACUUAGAAGCAGAUGACUUCGAAAUGUAUGCCAUUGAAUGUGUACGUUCUUCGUAUCUGUACGAUCGUGAACAGGCAUGUGAGUUGAUCAUGCGACGUGUAAAUCUUUACGGAGAAGUGACAUGUCUACGAAUGGCUAUUGCUGCUGAUGAUAAGAGAUUUUUGAAUGAAGAUGCUUGCAACGCUUUAUUAACAAAUAUUUGGUUUGAUAAAAUUGAUCCUACUCAAGAACGUACUCGUCUUAUUAUCAAUUUAUUGACAAUGGGUAUUGCACAAUUUGGCUUUUCAAACUAUGAGAAGCGUCAGAGUAAAAUAGCAAAAUCAGAAACGAAGGCAAUCAACAAAUCAACUGCAGAACAGCGAUUGGCCAAAAAUGGAAUUGAUUAUAGCGAUGAUUAUAAUACUACUGACUCACCAUAUACACAUUUCAAACAUUUUCACAAUCGUCCGAUUGUCAAUACCACAAUAACCAAGGUACAAGACAGAGCACAGUAUAUUUGGGCUUAUGAUCGUUGUGGCCUGGUUCGUGAUUACUACGGUCGACCAGCAUUAUUUCCUCCAUUCACAUUUCUCAUUUCAUUUGCUGAAUUGUGUCGAUGGUGUUGGCAAAUGAUUCCGGCUGAUGCUGAUCUUGACAAAUCACGAUCAGAAUUCGAACGAUAUCCGACUGAUGUCAGUCUUGACAAAUCAUGGUCAGAAUUUGAGCGAUAUUCGACCAAUGACUAUGUUCGACAAUGUCUCGAUACACAAACAGUUACUACUUCGAAUAUAAUAACAACAGAUGUUACAUCCGAAAUUUCAUCAACCAAUAGCAACGAGUUAAAGCACCUGGCAUCUGAUAUACAUGAGUUAAAUGAUGGUCUUACACAUGCACGUAAUAAAAACGAUGUGGAAUUAGAGUCAAUAAAGUCAACUGUUUCCAAUCUUCAAAGUCAAGUAUAUACAGGAAAUGCUCGUCUUGAAAGAAUCAUUGAUUCACUCGAUUGGAUGAUGAGUGCAAUCGCACGUGUUAAAAUGGCCAGCACACAUCCUCCAGUCAUUAAAGAAAACCCACGAACAUCUGUAUCCAAUCAAGGACAACAAUUACCACUGAAUAAUGCACAAGAUAAUCUACGGCUCCGUAAACCAGAUAGUGGCUCUAGAACACAGCAGGCGAAACAAGAGGGAACAACAGCUUCCGAUGUUGUCAUUGACAUGACAGAUGAAUCGAAUAAUGAACAAAAUGUGUGA